AUGGCCUCCCUCCCUUUCCGCGACAUCAAUGUCCACGCAUCCGCCUCCCACUACGCCUUUACCUCUCCUUCCUCGCCAUCCGCCCUAACCCUCGUUGUAGACCGACCCUCGGGAGACCUGCGCCUGAACGAUGGGGCAUUGUUGGGUGGAAAGAGGGUGUCGAGUAUUGCGGGCAUCCUAGGAAUGAUCAAGUUGCGACUAGGGCAGGGCAUGGCAUGGCCAGGAAGGGGAAAAAGGAAGAAGGAAACAAAGAAGCAAACAAGCAAGAAUCCGCUCUAA